GCACAAAUGCGGUGGGUGCCCACGUGGGUUGGGUGGUGUGGUGUGGUGUUUGUUGGCGUUUCAAAGCUUUAUCUAUCGCAUGUCUCUCUGCCACUCCCAAAAGCAUAUUCUGUCUAAUUAUCACACUCUACUCCGUACAAAUUACUGUCGGUGCUACUUUCGGUCUACUUGUUCUCUGCCUUUCUUCUUGUGCCUUGUUUCUGUAGACUACCACAGUUUUCAAAGAUCUCUCUUGUUUUGGCUUCUGGAUUUUUCCCAGUUGACGAAUUUGUGGUGUAGGUGAAAAGAAAGAAAGAGUUUCCAAUCCAAUCCAAAAAUCUAUCAAAGAUCUUAGAAAUCAAUCAAUCAAUCCAAGUGAAUGGCGAACAUAGACAUCGGGGGAAUAAUGAAGGAUCUGCCCAACGAUGGGCGUAUCCCCAAAACAAAGAUCGUGUGCACGUUGGGCCCAUCUUCCCGGUCGGUGGUGAUGUUGGAGAAGCUGCUGAGGGCUGGCAUGAAUGUCGCCCGCUUUAACUUCUCCCAUGGGACCCACGACUACCACCAGGAGACCCUAAACAAUCUCCGCACUGCCAUGCACAACACCCAGAUCCUCUGCGCCGUCAUGCUCGACACCAAGGGGCCUGAGAUUCGUACUGGAUUCCUCAAUGGUGGCAAAUCUAUUCAACUUAAGGAAGGGCAGGAAAUCACCAUUACUAUUGAUUACGACAUUAAGGGGGACCAAGAGAUGAUUUCCAUGAGCUACAAGAAGCUGGCUGUGGACUUGAAGCCUGGAAAUACCAUUUUAUGUGCAGAUGGUACCAUUUCCCUCACUGUAUUGUCUUGUGAUCCAGCAGCUGGUGCAGUUAGGUGCCGAUGUGAGAACACUGCAAUGCUGGGUGAGAGAAAAAAUGUCAAUCUUCCUGGUGUCGUCGUGGAUCUUCCUACACUGACAGAGAAGGAUAAGGAAGAUAUUCUGGAAUGGGGUGUGCCCAACAAUAUUGAUAUGAUUGCUCUUUCAUUUGUACGCAAGGGAUCAGAUCUUGUUAAUGUCCGUAAAGUUCUUGGACCCCAUGCCAAGCACAUACAAUUGAUGUCAAAGGUUGAGAACCAGGAAGGAGUUAUCAACUUUGAUGAUAUAUUGCGUGAGACUGAUUCAUUCAUGGUUGCCCGUGGUGAUCUUGGAAUGGAAAUCCCAGUUGAAAAAAUCUUCCUGGCACAGAAAAUGAUGAUAUAUAAGUGUAAUCUUGUGGGGAAGCCUGUGGUCACUGCCACUCAGAUGCUUGAAUCAAUGAUCAAGUCUCCGCGGCCAACCCGUGCUGAAGCCACAGAUGUAGCUAAUGCUGUCCUUGAUGGCACUGAUUGUGUCAUGCUUAGUGGUGAGAGUGCAGCUGGGUCCUAUCCGGAACUUGCUGUGAAGAUCAUGGCUCGAAUAUGUAUUGAGGCAGAAUCUUCCCUUGAUUACGGGGCUAUCUUUAAGGAGAUGAUAAAGUCGACACCACUUCCAAUGAGCCCGUUGGAGAGUCUUGCAUCCUCUGCUGUCCGAACAGCCAACAAGGCCAGAGCCAAACUCAUUGUUGUGUUGACACGUGGUGGGAGCACAGCCAAAUUGGUGGCCAAGUACAGGCCAGCAGUUCCUAUCCUGUCGGUGGUUGUUCCAGUUUUGACAACAGACGCAUUUGAUUGGAGCUGCAGUGAUGAGACCCCGGCAAGGCAUAGCCUGAUCUACAGGGGGCUGAUUCCUCUAUUGGCUGAAGGAUCUGCGAAAGCUACUGAUGCGGAAUCCACGGAGGUGAUCCUGGAAGCUGCUCUCAAGUCAGCAACAGAGAGGGGACUGUGCAAGCUUGGUGAUGCAGUAGUGGCACUUCAUCGCAUUGGAGUCGCCUCUGUUAUUAAGAUCUGCGUGGUAAAAUAAAAUUGAGGAUGCAGAAUGCCAGCAUUUGCGUUGUAAGGCAGACAAUGUGGUUGAGAUGGACUUGUACUUUGCUUUCUUUCUAGUAUCUCUACUUUAUUAUGUUUUAGCUAGCCUUCACAGCGCACUGAAAAGUGUAGUUAUUUUCCAUUUACUUAAGCCAUGCGAGAGAGGAUAUUUGGUCGCUCUGUAUUUGUAUUGCUUUAUGAUGCACAAAAUGUAUCAGCUGUUAUGGAGUUUUCAUGAAACAGUCUGUAGCACAUGGUUGGAUAAAUGUGGAGAUGCCGCCACACUUGUGUUUAUGAGCAAGAAAAACAGUCAAUCUGCAAGAGGAUGGAUGGAUGGAUUGUAAUAUCAAAGAAACAUAAUAAUAUUUGUUAAGCUUGCAUUUGCAUAUAAAA